CACAAUGUGAAAAAAAAAAGGAAGUAACAUAUGGGUGUGGUCAACUAACGGUUAGCCUUUGCUGCAGGCUGUUGGAUGCUGCUCUGAACCCGACACACUCUUUCAGAAUGAAAAUGAAGACACUCUGGGGAGGAGUCGUACUGUUUGUGUCACUCUUCUACAGAGGCAGUGAUGCUGUAAAUAUAACAUCCUACCCAGAAACCCAGAACUCCUCAACGCCUUUUGUCACCAAUGACCCAACGCAAACCACCAGAGAUGCCUUGGCAACAAAUGAUUCCAGUAUAGCUGAACUGCUCAGCACAGCACAAAAUGAUACUGAGCAUCAAAGUGAACAUGUUACUGCUACAGACAGCUCCAUAGUGGAACCAUCUACUACAGUGGAAUCAACCACCAUGGCACCACAGCAUCAAAGUGAACAUGUUGCUGCUACAGACAGCUCCAUAGUGGAACCAUCUACUACAGUGGAAUCAACCCCCAUGGCACCACAGCAGGAGUCCACACAAGCAGAGAAAGUUACUGAUAUCCUGAGCAAGACAUCUGAAAAGAAACAGGGAGGGUCCGUCUAUUAUGACAUAGAAAGGGACAAUCACUUCCAUUAUGAUUAUUCAUCUCUGAGGCAGGCGGGCCUGAGCAUUGCUGCUGUUCUCUUCGUGCUGGGCAUCAUGGUGGUCACAUGUGGCAAAAUGAAACGGAUACCUCGCUGUCGCGUGUCCAAGGGGAGGUCGUACGAGGUGACCAGAAUGUAACGCAGGCCGGAGAACAUCACCAGCCUGCAGGAGAGCAGCAGAUUCUCAUGAUCAUCCAGUCGGACCUGUUCUCACAGCACUGUGUGUGUGUGUUUAUGUGGAGGGGGGUGUUAAUCAGUUGAACACUGCGUCAUCAGGACUGGAUGGAGAGGUGGUCUGUUUGUGCAGAUGUUUUAGAGUCUUGAAAUAGGAGUGUUUUCCACUAUUGCACAUACACAGUAUGCACUAUUGCACAUACACAGUAUGCACUAUAGACGCAGUAUAUGUGUGUAGUGUGCAUGUGUUUGUGUCAUUUUCAGGACAAAGAUGUCCUCAGUUUGUAGUAAAACAAGGGCUAACUUAUAACUUCAGAACCAGCAAAGUGUACAGAUGUUAUUUUUCAAUUUUUCUUUUAUUUUUUCAAUUUUUUUUUUCUUUUUUGUAACAGAAAAAAAAAAAUGGUCAAUGAUGUUAAGAUUCGGGUUAAGGUUAAGGUUUUUACAUGUAAUAUAUAUGGAACUUAUCGUUGCUGUCAAGCAAAAACCUCAUAUCUAAAUUUUUUGUCAUUUUCUUAUUUUCUCUCUUUUUUUCUUGUUUUUGUUUCUUUUUUUAUUUGCCUUGUGUAAACUGUUAUGAUCAAAGGGCCAACAGAAAACGUCUAAAACUACUAUUGCUUCCUUUUUUUCUCUUUUUCUCUUAUAAGUUAAGAAUAUUUUUCCAUCUCCUACCAAGUUACUGUUUUAGACAUACAAGGUUUUGUUCUGACAGCAACAAUAUUAUACAGGCACAUUACACAUAUCAUCGCUGCCCAUAAACAAGUGUCUCCAUUCUUGUUGUUUUUCUUUUUUUUGACAUAAUUUCAGAAAAUCAGCUGCCUUUUACAUUGUGUGAGAAUUUCAUGACGAAUGGACCAAUAGAAAUGCUCCAAAAUUGCGUGAAGUAAAAUCUCUUUACCUUAACUUGCAUUAAAAGUAAAGAACAUUUUUGCCUUCUCCUGUAAACUUGCCAUUUUCUUUGGACAGCAAUGAUAUGUGUAAUACAUUCAGGACAAGCUAUUAUUACAUACAGGUACUUACAUACAGUACUGUGCAAAAGUCAGAGACCACUCUUCAUUUAGAUCAUUUCCAAUCAAACAGCUGUCCAAAUCCUUUUUUAGCAUCAGGACGAAAGCAGAAAGUAUAUAUUUAACUGAAAAUUACACAGAACUAGGUGUAAUAUCAGAUACUUCAAUGUUUAAUGUGUCCACUCUUUAUGUUAUUAGAGCUUCCAGUCUUUUCAGGAGACUCACUUUCAGUUUUUCAAAGAAAUCGGUAGGAA